AUGUCCAACAUCGACUUUGUCCAAGCUCUCAAGACCUCCAAGGCCCCCGGCGCUUCUUGGAGGCUCCCCGAUGUCAAGGGCUUGGCCUCAAAGCCAGAGUCUGGGUUGCUUGAGGAUGGUUGCCAUACCGAAGAAUCUGUCUUUGAUCCAGACAACCGCGAGAAGGUUCACCCUAGAGACUUUGCGGACGGUGGAAAGUAUCGCUCUAUCAUCAAGCUUGCCAUGCGCUAUGAGGGAAUGGGUGCUGGUGAUAACCGCUGGGCUAUCGGCACUGGCUACCUUGUCGCCUCCGACACUUUUGUUACUGCCGGCCACUGCGUCUUCCACCGCGGCGAUGAUGGUCACGGUCUCGGUCGUCUCACUCACAUGAAAUGUUUCAUCGGAUACCACGGGAAAGACUCGGCUAGCGAUCCAUCCGUCCAAUUCCGCUCUGCCGCCAAGGUCGUCACCACAUCCAAGUACAUCAUUGAUGGCGAUCGUCGCCGUGAUGUUGCCUUUGUCAAGGUUGACCAGCCCUUCGACGGCAACCUUAACCUCUUCAAGUACCAGGACACACCUCUCAAGGAUAGCACUCUCCUGGGCGUCAUCGGCUAUCCGGGAGACAAGUCAAUGAACAACGAGAAAGGCGCCGAGAUGUAUGAGCUUGUCGAGCAAGUCGCAUUUGACUUGAAUGUCAGCCAAAGGAACAUGCUCGAAUACCCAAUUUCGACUGCCGGAGGUCAGUCUGGCGCUCCUGUCCUCAAAUUCAAGUUCAGCGGUAGUCGCGUAGUGCCGGAUGCUGUUAUUGGCACCCAUUGCUACGGCGGAUCUGGUAACAACUCUGCCAGCGUCAUUGGCGGUCAGUACGGUAACGACUACAAGGCGCUCCUAGCCGGUCUCCCAAAGAACGGCAGUCCUUUGGUCACGGAUAUAAGCCAGGGUAUUCUUGGCGUGAAGCCCGUGGACCAGGUUGACCUCGAUGAGGCGGAGGGAUUCCUUGACGUCUUGAAGGACAUUGGCCGCGUUGUCGCGCCCAUCGCCCAACAAGGUCUUUCGUUUGCUUCGCCUUUUCUCGGCCCUCUAGGAGGCCCCGUCUCUGCCAUUGGUGGCAUUGCCCUCGGCGCGCUAAGCAAAGUUUGUGAGGAAUCUGCUUUGGACGAAGACCAGGCGCCAUCCUACAAGCUUGAGGACGGUAUAGCGCAACGUGCUGUCCUAGCUGAAGCUGCACUUCAGACUGUUCUCCGUAUGGAGCGCAGCCCAGCCAACAAGCGCAUCAUGGACAACAUGCAAGCCAAGUAUAAAGGUAGCCGGUUCGAUUCGGAGAAGGCCAACAAGCUUGGUACCAAAUUGGUUCCUCUACUGUCCCAGGCCGGCCUUCAUCUUGCCAUCAACGAGAACCUCGCCACUGGCAGGAAGCAAGUCAGUGGCGUAAAGAAGGUCCCCAAGCCCACAGGACCCGAGGCUGACGGCCUCGAUGCCGGCGACCCGCAAAUUGCUGGCUUCAUUAACGCUGUUACUCAGACGGAGGUCAAGCAAUACACAAGUGUGGGCAAGAUUGAUGAUGCCGAAUCUGAGUUCUUCGACAACCUCAGUGCUUUCAUUGGCAAAGCUUUUCGGGCUAGUAAGCCUGCGCUGAUUGACGGUGCUCGGGCUGUCCUUACCACUGGCCAGAAGCAGCUCGACGAUUACCUCUCCAAAAAGUCUGCAUCACCCGAAACCGACCUUUCGGCCCCGCCCAACCCUACUGACAAGAACCGUCCGAUUACCGAUGCCAAGGCCGCUGGUUUGCUAGCUCAUCGUGCCGUUUUGGCCGAAUGUGCACUCCAAGCCGUUCUGGAGGCCAAAAAUGGCGAUCUUCAGGAGAGUGUUAUCCUCGGUGAUAGCGGUUCCGCCGAGCCCGAGUCUUUCUUUGACGGACUGCUCAAGACAGUCCAGAUGAUGGGCUCGGCUGUGGUCAAGGUUGCUCCCAAGGUUUUGGACGUGGCGUUGCCGAUUCUGCUUGACACGGUCAAGGGCCAUGCUCGUGCCGAGUCCAUCUUUGAUACUCCUGUGGUUCCUCCUCCUGCUCCGCGCCCCAAUGGCGUCAAGGCUGCAAGUGGGGGCUUUGCAAGUAUGAACACCGCGAGUGCUAAUGGGGGAGAUGGUGAGGGUGGUGGCCGUGACAAGCUCCUCUUCAUCCAGGGUCACUUUGUCCCGAACGUUUGA